AGCUUGAUUGGUGAUGGCAAUCAGCAAGCGGCCUCAUAGCUGCCUGAGCACUAUGUACCCUUAUUAUUGUGCCAAAAUCAAAUUUCAAAUUUAAAACUAACUAAUCAUGGACAGCAAGGACUACGAUCACAUUAGGAAUAUGACUCUCAUGUUCUUUUUGGAUCGGCUGAUUGACAAGGGACAGCCUCGGACUCUUCACGAUUUAUCUUGCCAAUUCGGAACGAAAGGAUUUACGAAAGAAAUGAGACAAAUAGCUGGCGGGAGUCAAUCAGGUCUUCGCAAGUUUUUAUCCCAGUAUCCAUCGUUGUUUACCAUAAACGAGGAUCAAGUAAGUGUCACUUGCUACACAUCCGAAAACGAUGAUGCGAGUGGCAAAAACAAACGUGACUACGCAUUCGAAGCAGUGGAAUAUUUUCGCUCCAAAUUAGAACAAUAUGGCAAUGCUGAAGUGCCUAUUAAAAGCCUUCUUGGUCAUCGAUCUCAAGCAAGUCCAGAAAUCAGGCACAUAUCGGGGCAGCACGGUAAAGAAUUCAAAGAAUUUCUGGUGAAAUAUUCAGAUGUGUUUGUUGUCAAAGACGACUACGUCGUUUUAAAAAGUGUGCUUGAAAAUUUGAGUAAUGAUACUAGUCUGAUGAUUACAAAAGUUCCCGAAGAGGAGCAAUUAGACCCUCAACUAACAAACCAGUUAAUAAAUUUUUUUGAGAGUGUUUUGAAACACAGAGGCCCCUUACCAGUGGGUCAGUUAUUUGCUCAUCUCACCGCCUGGUUUCCGAAAGACAUGUGGUCGAAAAUGGUAAACAAUCCACAAGAUUUGUUGGCAUUUUUGAAAAUGAAUUCACAAAUAUUUCACGUGCAGUCAAACGUUGUGUCUGUUAUUGAGAGGAAGCCUGGUUCUCUUCCGGCUGUCGGUUUGUCUAACCAACACACCUCUUCCCCCACUCCCCAGGUAGCAACUUCUCAAGUACCCAUACCGCCCCCAGUGACACCAAAUGCAAUAUCUUCUACAAACUCUUCGCCCAUUCAUUCCGGUGGCCGCAGUCAAGAGAAAGGUCAGACGUUUCAGCAGAGGCUGAAAAACCAAAUCAUAAAAGCAGUCGCCGAUAAUUCGGCCAUCGACUAUAAGGACCGCAUGUUGUAUAAUUCCCCGAUAUCCUCGAACAAAGAGGCCGUAGAUAAUUCUAUCACCAAAAUGAUGAAACGUGUUAAAAUUGUGACGAAGACGAAGGAAUGCUCUGCGGUUGUUAAGUUUAUUUUUUCUCUAAAGGAUCCUAUUAUUGCUUUUGAUGGAGAAGGCGUUAAUUUAGGACCUUCAGGUCCCAUAACUUUGUUGCAAUUUUCAACCCAAGAUGAGCUUGUUUUUUUAUUUGACUUACUUUCGUGUCCUCAGUUGAUAGAAGAUGGUGGAUUGAGGGAUGUUUUAGAAUCUCAAGAUGUUUUAAAGGUUGCUCAUGACUGCAGAAAUGACAGUGGAGCCCUUUAUCAUCAGUUUGGGAUAGUUUUAGCUAAUGUUUUCGACACGCAGGCUGCCCAUGCUAUUUUACAACAACAGGAUGCUGGCAAGCCUGUUUACAAAGUAAAGAAUAUAUCUCUUAAUACAUUGUGUAGUACAUACGGUGGCCCGGUAAAUCCACGCAAAGAUCAAAUGAAAAGCUUAUAUCGGAGAGAUCAAAAGUUCUGGAGUCGCCGACCAUUGACAGAUGACAUGAUUUUCCAUGCUGCAUUUGAUGUGUUCUGUCUUUUGCCAACAGUUUAUUAUAAUAUUAAAAGCUUAUUAAGACCGGAAUCUUAUUCAAUGCUUAAUGAGUUGUGCUAUGAACAAAUAAUGAAUUAUGUUCGUCCUGAAGAAAUAAAGAAUUCUAAGAAACAAAGAAAAAUUGACAUGGAAGUUCUAGAUUUGAAACAGAAACUCAAUUCAUCUCAUACAAAGCAAGUUGUUUUGAGUAACCGUGAAAUAAGACUACUUAGGUAUCUUGACUUAAGUCCUCAAGAUCGAGCCAAAAUUGAAGGCACACCCAAAGUAGCCAAAAAGCUUGAGCGAUUACGUAGCAGAGGAACUAGUAAUGACUCUGGGUCUAUUCACUCUGGAUCUGGAAAUCCUGAAGAUGAUAAUUUCUCUGAAGACAGCAGUGUGGAUGGAAAUGGUGAUUAUGAUGAUCAUUUAAGUAGUAAAGGUGAAUAUGACAUCAGUGAGUCAAAUUAUAGUUCAUUUUCAGACCCAUUCACAUCUUAUACCUCUCCAACCCAUUCGUUAUCAAAUUAUCGUGGUACUUCCCCAGAACUCAUUAAUGGUAGUAUUGAUCAUUUCAGUAGUUUAUCCCCGGGAGGUAGUAGCUGUGGUGGAAUGAAUACUUGUACUUGUGACUGCCAUAAAAAGUACCACCCAAUGUCUCCAAAACACCCCAAACUAAUGAGUGUACAAACUUGCGCUGCAGCUUCUCAAACCUUAUCUACUGGUGAUAUUGUUAUAACAAAAGUAUUUUUUAAUGAAAGUGAGAAAUUAAAUGGAAAUGAAAAUAAUUAAACUGCAUACAGUCAUUUAGGGUAAUUUUGAACCGUGUGGUUUAACUUUGCCUCAUUUCUAAUUUUAAAAUAUAUUUUACUUCAAAAGGAAAUAGAAAGUCCAAUGCUGUAUUCUGCUAACUAGGUAAUAAUAUGUUUUCUACUUUCAUUUUGCAAAAUAAGUUGGCAACACUUUGCACAGCUAUUGGUAUAAUCCAGUAAUUAUGGACUUAUUAGAAGCUACUCUUAGAUGCUGAUUUGAAGCUGUUGAAAUCUCUCAUUCCCUACUAUAUAGUAUUCUAUACAGUACCGUAAAAUGGUCCAACUAUGAGUCACUUUUCGAUGUUUCCAAUUAAAAUUCCGUAUACAUCUUUGAUUUAGAAAUUUGAGAACAUUAGCAAUGGUAGCUAUACAUCUCAUCUUUCGAAUGAAAUGUUUAAAAAAAAUCUAAGUUGGAAAGAAGAGGAAGGGGAAUUUUUCUCCCGUCGCCCAUAGUUGUACCCCUAUCUGGUACAACUAUGGGUCACCUCAUUUUAACCCUAGAAAACACAUUGAAAACUUGAUCUGGCCUAUUGUUGUCUGAGACUACACAUUGUCCUAUGCUUCAAACUGUAUUUAAAAAAAAAAA